CAGAGUGCAGAAAAGAAGCAAGCAUCGUUGACACAAGGCUCCUGUCACUCGUGGGGUUCUAAAUUGCAAGCGUGCGGCUGUCCUGGUCACACGUGAAGGUGAUCUGUGGGGUGCAGUCCAGGUCGCCCGGAUUGCAUCCUAGUCAAGUCACUGGCCCCAUUGCGAUAUCCACCCACGUUCAAUUGCCUCGUGCACCGUCGCAGACACGCAUUCACGCACCUCUCACCCCCCAGGAAUUGUUAUCUUGAAUUGCACAGCGUGCGCCAUUGUUACCUCGGCCUAUCUUUCCAGUACCUUUCUGAGGUCAUAGCGGGGCGGAAUAUUGAUCUACGACGAACGUCGACCGCCGGCAGCACUUUGGCGACAACACGACCGACAGGGCCCGCAAGGCCUUGAACAUCUGCAGUCAUGUCGUGGAAACGCUCAGAGAAGCUGAUGGAGACCAUCAAGCACUACAGCAACUUCCCGGCUACUGGUGUCUCCCUUCGGCAGAUGGUGCAGUUUGGAGAGAAGCCGUCAACAGGGACCCUCUUCCGCGCGUCACAGUUCCUUUCCGAAGAGCUGCCCAUUCGAUUAGCACAUCGCGUGCAGGAGCUUAGUGAUCUCCCAGAUGGCCUCAAUGAGAUGCCAUCGAUAUGCAGAGUGCGCGAUUGGUAUGCGCAGUCGUUCGAGGAACUCGUCCAGCUUCCCCGGCCGAAUCUGUCCAGCGACGUCAAAGAUAGGCUCUUGAAGCCAGCGAAGCGCCCACCGCCUCUGAUCAAGGCAACACAGAAUCCCAGCAUACAAAGGGGCCAGUACCGGUCUGCGCCAGAAUAUGGUAACGGCAACGGCAACGGGAAAGACCACAAGGGCGCAACAUCAAGCCGGAGAUACUUUGCUGCGGCAGACGACGGUCUGGAGUGGCCGCCAGAGCUGAGCGCAUACAACACAAAGUUUGCAGACACCCUGGAGAAGAUCAAGAGGCGGCACGACAGCGUCGUAACAACCGUCGCCCAAGGCAUCCUGGAGUGGAAGCGCAAGAGACAAAGGAUGCAGAUUGACCACAACAUACAAGCCUUCCUAGACCGCUUCUACAUGUCCCGCAUCGGUAUCCGUAUGCUCAUCGGCCAGCACAUCGCCCUUACCGACCAGCGCUCCCGCUCAGACCCCAAUUAUGUCGGCAUUAUCUGCACGAAGACCAACGUCCGCGAACUCGCUCAAGAAGCCAUCGAGAACGCGCGAUUCGUAUGUGAAGACCAUUACGGUCUUUUUGACGCACCCAAAGUUCAGCUCGUCUGUAACAACGACAUCAGCUUCAUGUACGUGCCGGGCCAUUUGUCGCACAUGCUGUUCGAGACCCUGAAGAACUCUUUGCGUGCCGUCGUAGAGCGCCACGGCCAGCAUAAGGAAGACUUCCCCGUCACGAAGGUGAUUGUCGCCGAGGGCAAGGAGGACAUCACAAUCAAGAUCUCCGACGAAGGAGGCGGUAUCCCGCGAUCCGCGAUCCCCUUGGUUUGGACAUACAUGUACACGACCGUAGAUCAAACACCGAGUCUCGACCCCGAUUUCAACAAGAGCGAUUUCAAGGCCCCGAUGGCUGGGUUCGGUUACGGACUACCCAUAUCGCGGCUGUAUGCACGAUACUUCGGCGGUGAUUUGAAGCUGAUCAGUAUGGAAGGCUAUGGAACAGACGUCUACCUACACCUCAACCGGCUCUCCUCGUCCUCGGAACCCCUCCAAUAGCAACUACCCGUCACGAGGGACGGUGGCUGGGUGUCCAGCGAACUGAUACGUUCUGGAUCUGGGUCACCGUCUCGAGGACUGGCGCGUAAUGGAGCGAGAGGGGCCAACAGUUUCCUCGCGCUCAAGGCUAUGCGGCUCAAGCUGAGUGGCCAGGUUAGCAGGGAAGUGUCUGAGAGACGGCAGGUUGGUGAUGCGGAGGAGAUGUUUGCCAAGAGAGGUUCUGAAAAGCCGUGGUGGAGGAAUGUCACUAUGGAGGAGGGCGUGUAAGAUGGUGCCGAGGUCUAAAGUGUAGGAAAUUGUUGAUGAUGUUGUUGUUGUUGUUAUUGUUGUUGUGUAUAUAGCACUUGGAUGGGUGUCGUAGCUCGGCGAAGCAGCGAUGUAUAGGACUGGACGCUUGCAGCGCAAUGUUUCGAAUCAAAGAAGAUC